GCGUUUCAUUCGUGUUUCAGUGAUGAGACGGCGAUUGAAGCGCCACUGCGUAAAAAAGUUGCAAUCUUCGGGGGAUCUUUGUGUGUAAAAAAAAAUUACGUUUCUCAGUAUUUCUGCCACGGAAAAGCCCAAAAUUUCCACUGUGAUCGGUGCAAAAAGGCGUCGCGACGGAGGUUUAGCUGUACUGAGUGACAUCACACACGAAUCCACCGCCAUUGACCUGUUGAGGAGCUGAAAGAGGUCAUCUGACGUAGGUAAGUGCGACACAACCACACAUAGAGGCGGAAGAAGUGCUGCUGAAGAGAAGAUGGCAACAACACCUCGUGGCGGAGGCGCAACAGCACAGCGACCCAAUGGGGCAACUCAGGGCAGGAUAUGCCAAUUUAAGCUUGUCCUGCUGGGUGAAUCAGCCGUGGGGAAGUCCUCGUUGGUGCUGCGUUUUGUAAAGGGACAGUUCCAUGAGUAUCAGGAGAGCACCAUUGGGGCUGCAUUCCUCACACAGACCGUCUGUAUUGAUGAGACGACUGUCAAGUUUGAAAUUUGGGAUACUGCUGGUCAGGAAAGAUAUCACAGUUUAGCCCCAAUGUACUAUCGUGGUGCCCAGGCGGCGAUUGUAGUUUAUGACAUUCAGAAUCAGGACAGUUUUCAGCGAGCGAAGACUUGGGUUAAGGAACUUCAGCGACAGGCAUCACCAAAUAUCGUAAUAGCUUUGGCUGGAAACAAGGCUGAUCUAUCCAACAGUCGGGUGGUGGAGUACGAAGAGGCGAAACAGUAUGCUGAAGAAAAUGGUUUGCUCUUCAUGGAGACGUCCGCAAAGACGGCGAUGAAUGUUAAUGAUAUAUUUUUGGCCAUUGCCAAAAAACUCCCCAAAAAUGAAGGAGCAGGCCCACAAGCUGGUGGACAGGGACGGAGAUUAGAACAAAAUGAACAGAGCAGACAGACGACUAACUGCUGCAAGUGAUGUCAUUUUGCAGAUAUUAUGGAGGACAGAAUUUUGGGUAUUUUAAAAACAACACACGAACAACAGCAGCAGCUAAUGAAUCUACAACUACUUCUCAAAUCCUAUUUCUUAGGGUGUGUUUAGACCCAAAUUAAAACAACAACAAAAAAGUUGAUGGUGGUUCAAUAAUUUAAAGAAAAUAAAAAAAAAAAUCAAGAAACAAGCAAAGAAACAUUGAAGAAUGAAAGCCCAAAUUGUUGGGACGUUUGAAUGGGCGAAAAUAAUGGCAUUUUCUAAUUUCAAAAGAGAAUAAGUUUAAAAAAAAAAUACAAAGAUAAUUGCUGUGGGAUUUUUUUUUCGUAGCUUAUCGUGACAUCCACUGCUGUGUCUGUGUGCAAGAGAGAUAAAAUGAAAGACAAACACGUGCACUGAUUGGCUUUUUUUCUUUUUUGUUAUUUUGUAAAAUAAAAUUAAAAAGGAAAUUUUUUUUCCCGCCCUUUGGUUUGCCUUCUUAUCCACCCUUCUGGCUCUUUGCAAUAUUUGAAGCAAAAAAAAAAAGAAAUAUAUAAAAGAAUUAGAACUUAAAGAAUUUGAUUUUCUUGCAAUUUAGGAUGUCUGUUGAUGUUUUAAAAAAAACCAUUGAAGGGUACUACUUUGAAGGGAAAGAAAAAAAAUCAUUUUGUACAGAAAAAAGUAACGACAAAAUCUUUCAUUUUUAACACCAGAAACAAAAAAUAGCUAAAAAAAAAGAGAAAGUAAUUUUUUUUUAGAAUAAAAUUGUAGAUUAUUAAUGCAGUGAACAUUCCAACAUUAUGCUGUUGCUGUUUUGCAGUUGAGAAAAAAUUUUACUGAAAGUAAUGAAGAAUAGUAAAAAAGAAAAUAUACAAAAAAUUGUAAAUGUGGAAAUGAUUGAAAAAUUAUUAAUUAUUAAAUAUUUCCGGGAAGUUGAACACCACCACCACACACAUAGACCAUUGAGAGCAUAAAUAAUAUAAUUGUAUAAAAGAAAUUCCUCUAUAACCACCCUGUUUUUUUAUUAUUUCCUUUGCCGCCUCUUUUAUUGUUUCUCUUUUAUUUUUUUCUUUGCAAAGCAAGUGUAUAUGAGAGGUCGCAAUUUAUACGAUGUUUCGUGUGAGAAAUUCAUCUGCAAAAUGUCUUUUGAAUUGAUAUUUUUUCCUCAUUUAUCACACAAAAUUUGGGGACACUACACUGAAAAAGAAAUCAUUGAUUUUUGCUGUAAGAUGGGAAUUUUUAUUCGUUAAAAUAUUUUAAUUUAAUUGAAUGAAAAAGAAGAAAAUUGCGGAGAAAAUAUAUAAAAAAAAUUCUCUCGAAGAAGAAUUUCUUCUAUUUUUCUGAUUGUAGAUUUUUAACCGUUUUAAGAGAUAAAAUUCACCCCAGUCUCCUCUAUAUAUUAGAAAAGUUUCAAAAGGAGUUUAUUCAUUUUGAGAGUCUCCUCUCCACGUCAUUUAAAGAGACAGAGGAGGCCGAAUAAACUCAAACAACAUUUAAAAUUUGAAAAAACUUUUUAUUUUUCAAAUAAAAUCAGUUUAGGACAGAAAUGGCAGAUUUGGCCAUAAAACGCCAUAAGCCACGCCCCCAUUUUAUAUAAUUUUUUCCUUUAUUACGAGUUGAGCAUAAGCAUUAAUUCUUCUAUUGAUUAUCUUUGUUUUCAAGACUUAAAAUAAAGAAUUUUGAAGCUCUUUCUGUAGCUCCCAAAACCAGUGAUAAUUUCUUUUAAAACUUAAGAUAAAAUGGGAGCAUUGAAGCAUAUGCUUUGUACCAUUAAUGGAGAAAUAAAGUAGAAAAGGCUGUGUGGAUGUCGAAAUGACGUCCGGCCCUGAGAAAUUUAAAAAGAAGAAGAAGAAGAUAAAGUAGAAAGAGGCGUGGCUUUUGCUUCUUUUGGAGAAUUCUUUGAUGUAACUUUAAAUCUAAUUUCGGAGAAUAUUUGAAGAUUUUCUUUUUAAAUUUUAGAAUGUAUCGAAAUAAAAAUAAAUUAAUUUACCUACCAACGAAUUACUAAAAAAUUAUCGCUUUUUAAUAGAUUUAUUAUACAAACAAAAUUAAUUCUUUAUCUAAAAAAAAUACAGGAGACUGGGCAUAGAUAAAUGUUUUGAAGAAAUGAAAGAAAUAAGUUUAUUGAAGAAUUAUUUUUAAUCAAUUAAUUGUUAAAAUUUCCAUCGAACAGCAUUCCCAAUAAAAAAUAUUUUCAAGAAAAAAACUACGCCUGAGUGAUAAAAAAAAAAUUGGAUAUAAAAAUUAAAGAAAUAUAAAUAAACAAUGACGUGUAAUACUAAAAAUAAUAAAAAAUGCAAUCGGUCUUUUAAAAAAAAUCAAUUUAUUUUACUAUAUAGAUUUUUAUUAAAUAGGACAAACCUGAAAAAAAUAAGGAGAUUCUUUACAAAAAAAAAUAAUCAGAAAUUAUUUUAGUUGGAGAUUUAAAAAAAAAAGAUAAAUAAAAUUAUAAAAGGUUCAUCGAUUUAAUUAAAAAAAAAUGCGGAUGAUGUGAAAAGUAUUCGAUCAAUGUGAAGACAUAAAAAUUUAAAAAAAUAUAUAAAAAUCUUUGUAAUAAAGAAUUAGAAAAUAAAAUUUUAUAUAUAAAAAAAAAGAAUUUUAAAAAUGAAAAAAUAUUCCUACUUUUAAAUGAAUAUAAAUUUGCAAGAGAGAUAUGCAUUAAAUGUAAUAAAAUAUUAUUGAAGAAGAAAAAUUUUAAUCCAGAGAUAUUUUUUCUUUGUGUUGAGUUGCUCUUUUGGUGGUUUAUCUUUUGUUUUUCUUUUGUAUAAAAAAAAAUUUCCUAACUCUAAGACUAGAGAGAUCAUCUCUAAAGACACUUGUUACAAUUUUUUUUAAAUAAUUUCAUUUAGAUUUUUUUUUAAAUUUUUAGUUCUUUUAGAGAAUUUUCUUUCAAAACUUCUAACCUUCCGGAAAAUUUAUUUAUGGUUUAUUUUUUUUGUCGGCAUGGCUCUGAAAUUGUUGCAAAUUCUUGCACACUACCUUCCUUAAAUGAGGGGUGGUCUCACAUACCCUAUUCAGUGGUUAAAAGCCUUAAAAAAAAUUGUCGCCAUGAUUGAAAAAUAAUAAUUUUCUCGAAUUUUCAAAUUAAAAAAAAACAUCUUGAAAAAAGAGAAGAAAAUUUCCCCAAAAUAGGGUAUGUAGCCCCCUUAAAAAUGCAUUUUCUUUUACCACCCAAAAACCUUCCUCCAAAUCGCAAUUUUUUUAAAACACACAUCAAUCACUUUCUCACAAAACGAGCGUAGUUCCUUCGGGGAAUGAGCUGAAAAAAAAGGAAAUAAAGAAUGUUUGGCAAAAAAUAAAAGAAUUGUUAAUAAAAGAAAAAUUAAUUUAUGGGGCUUAUUGUUGUUUUAACACGAACCAGAUUCAAGAGAUGAGAAAUUAAAAAAAAAAUCAUCAUAAUGCAAAAAAAAAAGUAUUGAGAAAUUUGAUAGUUUCUCAUCUGCGAAGGUAAAAAAAAAAUGAAAACCUUUCAUAAAUUAAAUAAAGAGAAAGAAAAAAAAGAAUAUCAAAAAAAAAUUAUAGUUGCGCGAGAGGAGAAAAAUCUGUAAAUUUUCACACAACAAUAUUUUAGUUAAAUAAAAAAAAAAACAAGAAAAUAAUAAAAAUUUAUGUAAAGAUUAAAGUGUAGAGGGGCAGCGGUCAAAUUGGAGCAUUCGAUUUGUUUAUUUUUUCUAUAAAAUAAAAAAAAUGAAAUAAAAUAAAAGAUAGUCUUGGAGAAGAAGAAAAAAUAGAGAAAAUAAAUAAGAAAAUGAAUUGGGAUGGAUGAAAUCUAUAUAUAAAAUGAAAUAUAUAGAAAUUGAUGAAAAAAAUGAAAUUAUUCACUCUUUACACGCAAAAAAACAACCCAUUUAAAAAUACUAUUAUAAUUAUUAUUACAUGAGAAAAAAAACGUGCAGAGAGGAACUAUUAUGUAAUUAAUAUGAUUUUAGAUAAAGAAUAAAAGAAAAUAAUUGUA